UUUAGUUGAACCACCAAAGCAUAAAACUGUUAUUGAUUCUAAAUGGGUAUUUGCUAUAAAAAGAGAUCCAUUAGGCAACAUCAUCAGGUACAAAGCCAGAUUAGUUGCGAAGGAUUUUUUGCAGGUUGAAGGCAUAGAUUACAGCCAAAUAUACAGUCCAGUUGUGAGACCUACUACCGUGAGAAUUGUAAUUACUAUAGCUCUAUCACGUGGAUGGACACUAAGACAAUUUGAUUUUGAUAAUGCCUUUCUGAAUGGUAUUCUUGAAGAAGAGGUAUACAUGUAUCCACCAGCUGGUUACCAAUUUGGAAAUACAUCACAGGUUUGUAAGUUGAACAAGGCAAUCUAUGGAUUGAAGCAAGCUCCAAGAGCUUGGUUCAAUACAUUGACUGCUACGUUAUUACAGUUUGGUUUCACUAGAACCAAAAGUGAUAUUUCAUUGUUUGUUAAACAUACUGAUACAUCUACCACUUUUCUCUUAGCCUAUGUAGAUGAUAUUGUUGUCACUGGAAGUGACCCUGGUGAAAUAGAUAAACUUAUCUCUGAUCUUAACAAAAUCUUUCCGCUUAAAGAUCUUAGAAAACUCAGUUAUUUUCUUGGGUUAGAAUUCUCCUAUUUAGCAGAUGGAUCCAUUAUAGUUUUCCAACAAAAGUAUGCUUGAGAUCUAUUACAAAAAGCCAAAAUGGACACUGCAAAAUCAAUGCCUACCCCUAUGAUCUCAGCCUUAAAGCUUACAUCAGAUGGUGCUGAACACUUUCAGGAUCCAAAACUGUAUAGAGAGAUUGUUGGAUCACUUCAGUAUUUGACUAUUUCAAGACCAGAUAUUGCUUUCUCUGUGAACAAGGUCUCUCAAUACAUGCACUCUCCAACAAUUGAGCACUGGAAAGCUGUCAAACGCAGAUAUAUUGUAGGUACAGUAUCAGUAGGUAUUAAAUUUCAAAAAUGUACUAACUUGAGACUACUUGCAUUCGCAGAUGCAGAUUGGGCAGGGGAUUUGGAGGACAGGAAAUCAGUUACUGGCUAUUGUGUAUACUUAGGAAGCAAUUUGGUAUCAUGGAGGAGCAAUAAGCAAGCCAAAGUUAGUCGUAGUAGCACUGAGGCAGAGUAUAGGAGCAUGGCAGCAUCUCAGUCAGAAUUAGUGUCUAUACAGUAUCUUCUAAAGGAGCUUCGAAUUCCACAAUCCAUAGCACCUACUAUUUACUGUGAUAAUCAAAGUGCUUGCUCAUUAGCGGCUAACCCGGUCCUUCAUACUAGGUGCAAACACAUGAAAAUUGACCUUCACUGUCUAAGAGAGAUGGUAAAUUAAAAACAACUUUAUGUCCUCCAUAUACCUUCUAUAGAUCAGAUUAGGGAUAUUUUCACCAAACCUUUCUCAUCAUCUCUAUUUCACAAAUUUCGAGACAAAUUUAGAGUGAUUCUUCAAUCCACUACUAAGUUUGAGGGGAGGCUGUGAAUGAAUAUAAGAGAUUAAUUAGUUUAUAUUGGUACUUCACUAUAUAUAUAUAUAUAUAUUGUAUUAAUUUAUUUUUGAGUACUGUAGUAGUACAAUUUUCAAUGAAUGAGUUUCGGUUUUAUCCUUUCACUUUCACUUCCAGUUUCACCAUUUUACUACUUCCACCUUCCACGUUUCAAAGUCUCCUUCUUCUUCAAUUCUACUUCCUGCAUCAAUGUAUGAGAACACACUCAUGCUUUCAAUUUCUUACUCUACCUCAAUUGCUAUUACGGACAACUCAUUACGAAAGAAAGGAAAUUUUCCAAUGCAUAACUAAAGCUAGCUAGUAUCACUUAACAAAAUCUCAAAGAAAAUUGGAGAAAAAAAGUAAAAGAAAAAGUCACGAAACUCAAUCAAAGAGAGUGUAACAGAUAGAGAUUCAAUUUCGAGAAUUCCUCCUCCAUGCAUGUAGCCUGGGAUAGAAAUUUUUCAGGAUCCAGACUUCUAUUUUCAAACACACUUUUAUCCCUGUUCAGCCAUAAACUCCAUAGAAGAUUUGGGUUGGUAGAAAUGAAACUGACUAGCUGUGUUUUGUCCCACACCGCACUACUGACUGGGCAGAAGAGGAGGGCAUGCAGGGCAAUUUCUAGGUAGGUUCUACAACGAGGAUAGACGUGACUGACAUGGGGAUCCUUUGAUGAAUUUUUGUCAUAACUGCUAGGCCAUUGUGAGCAAAUCUCCAUUAGAAGUUCCUCACUUUUGAAUAGGCUCUCAUUUUCUAGAUUUGCUUCCAUAGGGGAGUAGCUUCAAACCGUGGAUGAAGAAUAUUACCAGGUAGGUGAUAAAAUUGAUACGCCACUUUAUGCCCUGUUUGAAUUGUAUAAUCUUCAGAAUUAUUGUAAAUCCAUUUAAUGGAUUUGUCUCCAUCUUGAAUUGAUGUUUGCGAGAUUGUUUGGGUUGUUUCUAUAGAAAAUAAUUGUUAGAUUGAUUCCUACUUUUAUCUUCCUGCUUCAUCAAUUACUUGAGUUACCCAGAAAUAUUAUUCAUUUUUAUUUUCAUUUUCGGAACCCUAAAAGAAAAUUUUGUC